UCCAUGAAAGACACCAAAAACAAGCAUAUUUCUGAUUGUAAAGGAUAUGAAGCAUUUAGCGGAUGUGAAAUGGGUUAUUUUGGGAUAAACUGCUCAGUAGCCUGCAGAUACCCUAGUUAUGGAAAUGAAUGUCAAUCACGAUGCAAUUGUUCAAACACAACAUGUCACCACGUCAAAGGAUGUCAACAUUUCUCAGAAGAAUAUGGUUUAACAACUGGUUCCAUUUCAACAAAAGAAAAGUUUAGCUUGGAAAAAUACAUAAUGAUCACAUCUAUAGGCGUUUCCUCUAGUCUGGCUUGCAUUUUCAUCAUGCUGUCUCUAAUCCUCAUUUGGCGUCGGCAACGAAACAUCGAUGUAAAUCAACAAAAUACUGCCUCUACAUAUGAAACACGUCUUCAAGACGACAUACAUUCAGCUUUCUAUAUAUACAGUCGACCAAGGGAUGAAAUGGAUCAGACCACAAAUUCUCAAUACCACAAGUAUGAAACAAUACCCGAAGAACAUUUUCUGGAAACAAAACAUGAGCGUAAAGACCCACCAGAAACAUAGGCGCUUGGUUUCAGGAUGGUG